UUUUAAUUUUUUAUCUAUAAGGACAUAAAAAUCAGUGAGAAACUUUGCCUUUUGGUGAAGCAACUUUCAAAAGGGUGCUUAUACAUUUUGAAGGUCAGUGUCAUAGUUUGGUUCAUAUUUUUCUUUGUUUGGUAGACUUAGUUUCUCACUUGAAUAAGAGGGUCUAAAAUUACAGAUUGUGAAGGAAAUAUGGCAUGGAGUUUCGUUUAGCAGAUCCUACUUCUCACUAUUUAUGGACUCUCAGUCUCACACUUUUACUUUAGCACUCCUUGUCUAAAUUAGACAUCAAUUUAAUUUGGUAAAUAAAAUAAGGCGAAAGCUAGUGCACUCCGGACAAACUAGAGAGUGCAGCACUCCUUGAAAAGUAACCUGCUAUCAAAAGUUAUCAGGUAAAUUAAAUUUAUUUAUUAUUAUUAAUUUUUUUUAUUCGUAUGGGCUGAACAAAUAACAAUACACACCAAAAAACCUAAACCCCUCUCUCAACUCUCAACCCUGUAAUGUUCAAAAAAAAAAGGAACUCUCAACCCUGUUAUAGCAUCCUCUACCGCCGUAAGGAGAGACAGCGACGCCGCCGUCCAUUGUGCUCAGGGGCCACCGCCGCAGGGAGUGAGAAACUGCCAUCGUUCGAUGCGUUGUGGUCGAGCUCCAAGUCUCCCCCUGUUCACUCUCACGAUCUCAAAAAUCCCCAAACAAAAAUUAAACCCUAGCUUCUUCAAAGGUUCUGCCGCCGCCGUCCGGGGUUGUCGGUGCCUCCGCGUCUCCGUCCUUCCCCGUGUCCCGAACCCAGGCCCUGUCUCCUAGCUCGGCACGUCGUCCUCAUCCUCGCUGGCUUCUCUGUUCGAGGCUUGGAGCAGCUCGCUGUCGUGUAGCCCCUCGCCCCUCGACGCUCGCCGUAGUCUCUCCACUCGCCGUCCUGCUGUCCAUCGAAGGCACAAAGGAAUAACCGGACAAUUGAAGAUUGAGGGAUUUUCAGAUUUCUUAUUUGAGUCGUGGCAACUUUGUAGCAGAGCAUCGCACAAAUUUUUUGUAAAGUAUAGCAUUCGACAAAAAUGGUUGAUUCGAUCGAAGAGUCAUCGCAUAAUCAAAUAGGGAAUGUUUCAGCUGAGGAAAUGGACGAAUUAUUAGUUGAUAGUGAUGGCAAUGAUGUUGAAAACCUAUUACUGAAUAGUACAGGAAGUAUCGGUCGGGUUAAUUUCAUAGGUUUGAGCGUUGAUGCUGCUAAGAAGUAUGUAUUUUCAGACCUUGAUGUUGCGUAUGCUUUUUACAAUGCAUUUGGGAGGGUCAAUGGAUUUUCAAUUAGGAAGUUCAAGGUUGGGCGAAGUGAGAUUGAUAAGCGCAUACUCUGGCAAACAUUUGUGUGUUCGAGACAGGGAUAUCGUAUUUUCAGAGGGGUUGAUGAAACAAAUAGGAAGAGAGCUCCAAAGCCAGAGACUAGGUGUGGGUGUGUAGCACAAAUACGAGUUCACAUAGAUGUUGGUAGGGACUGGUGGUAUACAACAUUAUUUCAAAAUGAACAUAAUCAUGAGUUAGUACCGCCAACUUUGAGCCGGCUGUUGAGAUCGCAACGGAGAAUGACUGAUCAAGAAAUUCAAAGAAUGAACGACAUGAGAGAUGCUGGAAUUUCCACAACCCAAAUCUAUAUGCAAUUUUCCGAGCAAUCUGGUGGUUUUGAAAAUGUUAGAUUUCGAAGAAAAGACAUGUACAACCAAAUAGAAAAGCAAAGGCAAUUGAUGGAAAGUGAUGUGACCGAAACGUUGAAGUACCUAAAGAAGCGGAAGAAAUUAGAUCCAAAGUUUUACUGGAGCUACGAGGUGGAUAAUAAUGGUGUGUUUCGGCACCUAAUCUGGAUGGACGGGAAGAGCCGUGUUGACUUUGAAGUAUUUGGUGAUGUUAUGGCCUUUGAUGCAACUUACAAGAAAAACAAGUACAAGUUUCCAUUGGUAGUUUUUUCAGGAGUGAACCAUCACCUUCAAACAAUAGUUUUUGGCAGUGCAAUUGUAGCUGAUGAAGGAGAAGGAACUUACAUAUGGCUGUUACAGAGAUUCGUGGAAGCAAUGAAUGGAAAACGACCAAAUGCUGUGAUAACUGAUGGUGCCAAGGCUAUGAAGCUUGCAAUUGAAAAGGUCUUUCCAGAUGCACAUCAUAGGUUGUGCGGAUGGCAUUUGUUAAGAAAUGCCACAUCCAAUGUCUCCAACCCCAAGUUUACCCAACAAUUCAGGAAAUGCAUGCUUGGCGAUUAUGAGAUUGAUGAGUUUGAGGAGAGGUGGGCGUCAAUGGUGAAUAGUUUUGGGGUUAAGAACAUGGAGUGGGUUGAGACCACUUAUGGGAUUAAAGAUAUGUGGGCUACAGCACAUAUGAGAGGCAAAUUCUUUGCCGGGUUGAGAACUACAUCGAGGUGUGAGGCACUACAUUCGCAAGUUGCUAGGUUUGUAAAAUCUGGCUAUAGCAUUAAGGAAUUCCUCCAUCACUUCCGCCGGUGGAUGGGUUUGUUGCGGAAUAAUAAGGCUGAGGCUGACUAUUACACCUCAUACGGGUUUCCGAUAAUGCAAACACAGGUGCAAGCAUUGGAGCGAUCAGGAGCAAGUGUUUAUACAAGGGAGGUGUUCUACUUGUUUCGAUCAUUAUUGUUGAAAGCGUCAAGUGUGAUAAUAGUUGAUUGGCGAGAGACUUUAUGUAGUGUGAACUAUGAUGUACGAAAAUAUUGUGAGUUAACAAGAAAAUGGGUUGUAUCUUAUUGGCCUGGUAGCAGUGAGUUUAGGUGUUCAUGUCAACGAAUGGAAUCAUUUGGCAUUCCAUGUGUUCAUAUCAUUCGUCUGUUGAUAUAUCUUCAAAUUACAGAGUUACCUGAGUCACUGAUAUUGAAGCGGUGGACCAUGAAAGCAAAAGAGGCUCAUAUAAGGUUGGAGCAGCAGGGAUCGUUAGUUGGAGAUGGAAGUUAUGAGAGUAGGAUUGCUGCUAUGAAUGAUGAGCUGGAGGGCUUGCCAUUUGCUGCUUGCGGAGAUUUAAGUGAUUUUAAGGAUGUUAUGGAGUGGGUCAGAAACAAAAAGGCUGAAUUAUUUGCCAAACAUAAAAAGAAUAGAGAGGGAAGUUCUAAAAGUGCGGGUGAGAAAUUCAAAACAUGGACGGUUGCUACUUCAAAAGAACCUGGGGACAAAAAGAAAAAGCGAAGGAUCCGGUGCAGCAGAUGUAACGGUAUAGGACACAAUCGGCGAAAUUGUCGCCGUGGAGAUGAACAUAAUCAAAUGGAAAGUGGAGAUGAAGGAGGUUCCGAAGAUGAUGACGAUUGGUCUAGUCAAACCAGUGAGGAGGAGAUCGAUGAAAUGGAUUUUGAUGUGACCAUUGCUAAUCAGAAAGGCAAAUAUCAUUAGCUAUAGAGGUCUAGCCUUUGAUGAAAGAUGAAUAUGGAUUUUAUCUUUUUUUAAGCUUUAGUGUAAGAAGUUUAUUGGACAAUAGUAAAAGUUUUUUUGUAUUUAUUCUUAAUUUACUCGUUCGAUACAUGUGUUUUAUUUAUUCACAUUUGCGAACUUAAGAUGACUUCUACAAAAAAAAAUGAUAGC